CAUUUCGAACACACCUAUUUAAAAAACAAAGCUGGCUGUUGGAGAGAAACUUCAACGCCUUAUUUACAUACAGAAGUCGUCAUUCGUGAUGCAAUUUACUCUGUCCCUACAGGAGACUACGUACCCCAUCUUAAAAUAUGAUGAUAACCCCAACCAAAAUACCCAGGCGGCGAUCGGUCUGUCCACGAUAUACUACUCCGUAUAUAGGAGUAUUUAGUACCAUUAGCUCACCGACGAUUUCACGAAGCCCAUUUGCUGCGCCACCAUGUCCACAGACACGACUAACACGGCCUUGCAGCCGGGGCUAGGAGGAGUGGGCGUGUCCCCAUGCUGCGGCACGACGACGCUGCUCGCCGCGCUUGCGGGGUCCUUCGCCUGCUGCUUCCUCUUCAUCAUCGUCUUCCUCUGCCUCCGCUUCCUCAACAUUCGCCGCUCCUGGGCGCGGCGCCACAGUACUGCACAGGCACCCCUGCAAAGGCAGCCGGGGCUUCCACUGCUCAAUAAGCGCGGCCUCGACGCCGACGCCAUUGAGGCCAUGAUGCCGUCUUUUCCGUACCGGCGGGACAGCUCGGCGUCGACGGUCGAGUGCGCGGUGUGCCUCGGCGCCGUGGAAGAGGGGGAGACGGCGAGGCGGCUCCCUGGGUGCGGCCACAUGUUCCACCAGGCGUGCGUCGACGUGUGGCUCCUUUCCAAUGCGUCGUGCCCCGUCUGCCGCGGGAGGCUGGCUGAUCGAGCCGCCGCCGCGUCGGCGUCCGUCGUGCCUGUCGAGAUGUUGGACGAUGGGACGGUGUCGUCUUCGUCCUCGACGACGACAGGGGCCGUGCCGGAGCGGAAUGGGUGGUUCGGUGGGCGGGCGUCCGGCUCCGGCGAGGAAACGGACUUGGAGCGGCAAUAGCACGUACUCGUGUGCAGAUUAUAACGCCUAUUAACGUGGUCCGCGCGAGUUGUAGCUUGGGAUUGCAGCGUUUGCCCGUGCGCGCGCUCACGGGUGAAUUUAUUCUUCGAUCCUUUCUUGCUCUCUGUUUUUGGUCUGCGAAUUGGAUGAAAUGAAUGUCAGAUAUACUUUGAAUA